AUGUCAAGCACUAAUACGACCAGUUCUCAUUUAUCACCCUCGAAUACAAAUACAAAUACGAAUUCAUCGUCAUCAUUAAUAUCAUCAUCUUUAUUAUUCUCGUAUUCAUCUCUAUCACCGUCAUUUUCUACAUCACCACCCAUCAUGAAUUCAACCGUCAUGUCAUCAACAUCAGCAGUGUAUCAUCCAACAGCAGUUACUUCAACAUCUGCUGGAUCAGGAACAGGAAGACCAAUAACAAGGGCAAAAUGUAGUUUAGUUUGGCAAUAUUCCAAAUCUAUGCAAAACGUUGUAUUGAAGGUGUGGGUGUGUUUUAUGUUCUUCAAUAAUCUUUCGGAAAGCAUCAUCAACUUUAAAUUUGUUAUAUCAUAUGCAAACUCACCACAAUCUUGAAUGUUCAAAUUAAAAUAAGUCCAUGAAAUUGCAAGCAAGGCAAUCUGAUUUAUCAGGAAGAUGACCUUUAACAAGCGAUCGAACAGUAUAUUUAUACAAACUGAUUGCUGAUUUAAUUAUGCACAACUUUUUUUCAUUGUCGAUUGUUGGAAGUCCUCAAUUAAAAUCGAUUUUUUAUGAAGCUGAACCAUCUUAUGUAAUACCUACCAGAAAAUAUUUCAUUAAUAAUGUACUACAAGCUAUGUACAAAGAGGCCAGAGAACAAGUUUAUACUGAAUUACAAGCUUUACCCGGUAUUCAAGUUGAUAUUUUAAUUGACUUUUAAUUUUUUUUGUGUGAUUUUUCAGGUAUUUGUUUAACAAGAGAUAUUUUGACGUCUGACGCUAAUCAAGCGUUUAUGACUGUAACAGCACAUUUUGUUGAUAUACAAAACAAAAAGAUAAAGAGCUUCGUAUUAGUUACGAAAGAAUUCACUGGAAAUCAUACCACUGAGCGUAUCAUUGAAAGGUUAGAUGAAAUUUAUGAUGAGUGGUCAAUUGCUGAUAAAGUUAUUUGUUUAGUUUCAGAUACUUAUAAUACAAUAAAGAAAGUUGGCAAAGAUUUUUGAAAAGGUCUGAACUAAGAAAUAUUUUUAAAUAAAUUAAUUCCACAUAAAAAUUUCACUUGAUCUAAUUGCAUUCUUUGUCAGAGGUUCUACUAAAUUAUAUGUAACUUGAGAUAGACUAUUCAGAUGAGAAUUAGGAUAACAACUUCAUCGCACAAUUAUUCGAUUUCGAAAGAGAAGUAUGAGUGAAUUGAUUUCUUUUCAAUCAUCAGCAUCAUGAUUCAUAUUUAUACGAUAAAUUUUGUUAUUAUUGACAUAACGCAGUAGUUUAUUGAUAGCUGUUUUUUGUUUCAACAUCUUAUCAAAAUUAAAGAAAAAUAUUUUUCGAAAUACUAAUCUGAAUAGGUUCUUUCUGCUGCUACAUCGUUUAAUAGAAUUGCUCACGAAAAGUACUAUUGACUCAGCACUUGAUUCUUUACGUGAAUCAUUCCCUAUUUUUAUACGGCAAAUUCUCUUCAUCUAAGUUGGAUUAGAUGUACCGAUCAUGUUCUCAAUUUAACUGUCAGUGGUGUUGUUCGUAAAUUAGAUGAAGUGAGGAAUAUGCUAACAACAACUUGACAUAACGUUUUAUUCACUAGAGAUAGCCAUCUAGAUAAUGAAAUUUUAAAUAAAUAUCAAUGUUCAUUUGGUAAGAAAGUAUUUGAUUUCUUUAGUAAUUUAAUAAAAAAAAACUAAUUUUAGGUUUUGCUAAAUGUCAACUGAUAUUCGACGUCAUUACUCGGUGGAACAGUACUUUUUACAUGAUUCAACGAUUUGUGGAAGAAAAAGUUUGUGUAAUGGUGUGUUUGAAAGAGAAAAUCUUUCAAAAGCAUUGUUCUGAUUGUAAAAUUCCAAAAUCAAUAGAAUGGGAUUAUCUCGAAGAAUUGAUGGUGGGUACUUCCACGCAGGUCCGCCCAGAUUUACAUCGACUUUCUACCGGCAAGAUUUCACUAUGCUAGUUUUGUAGCCCUCGUCGAGUUAUGUAGG